UCGACAUCUCUCUCCGGCGAUAACAGGUCAACUGCGGCGUCAUACUUUCCGGCCAUCUCCGCCCACACCUCCCGACAAGAUACGCCUACUCUGUCCACAUCGCCUUUUCAUUUCUAUCAACCAUCUAAUUUAUGGAAGCCUCGACUUCAGAGCAACCAACUUCUGAAUGGGAUUUAAAUCUUCCCAAUCGACUGUUUGCAACUGACAGAUAUCCGAAAGCAAGGCUUAAUGUAAACUGUAAACCAGACAUUCUUUCGUUAUCAGGUCAAUUUUUCAUGGAACAGAGGAAUGGAACACCAUCCUGCAAUCUUGCUUUGGUCCCCUGUUCGACUUGCCGAUAAGUAGAAGCCCUAGUUCUUGCAAGUUGAUACAUUCUUUGCUAUGUAGGCAGUUGAUUACGAAGCAAAAGUAUGAAUUAUGGACUGUCUUCGGUGGACAACCUCUGAGAUUUUCCCUAAUUGAAUUUGGUGGUGUAUCUGGUUUGCCUUGCGGUGAAUUUCUCGAUGAUUACGAUCCAGAAUUUGAGCCAAGUUAUGUUGAAGGGAAGGAUUGUUACUGGAACAAGUUAUUAGGGAAAGACAAGGACGCAACCUUAGGAGAUGUAUCUGACAUGCUCGUCAAACCCAAAAAAAAAUACUCUCCUGAACACAGACUUAAGCUUGCGUAUCUCCUCAUUGUUGAUGGUGUCCUCAUUUUUUCAAACCAAACUGGGAGGCCUACAUUUAAAUAUGUAGAGAUGUUGGAAGAUAUUGACAAGUUCCUUGCAAUCCCUUGGGGUAGAGAGUCAUUUAUUAAGACAAUUGCAUCCAUGAGACCCAGGAAACGUAUUCUACCAGGAGGCACCGGGAAAAGAUUUGUCUCAACAGAUCCUGUCAAGAAUUUCGCCAAACAACUUCAGCAGAUCACAUUCCGUCUGAAAGGUUUUCCGCUUGCCCUGUAACUCUUAGCUUUUCGUAACAUUCCGGGCAUGGUUGAUUUGGUCACUGAUGAUUCCACCUCAAUGACCAUCAAACAUUGGAAGAAAAUCUCUCUGCCAAAACAAUUGAUUUCCCUUUCUCAAAUUCACGCCCUGGAGCACCACCUGAAGGAUAGAGUGGAUCCUUUUAUGAAUCUUGGCGUAAAUGUUGAAAAAAGUUGGGGGGACUGGGAUGAUGAGGUGAAAGACAAGAAAGUAGCUUAUAUGUAUGAACUGAUUCUCAGAUCAAAUAAAUUCCUAAAAUCUGAUUGGCCAGGAGGUGAUGACUCAUUACCAUUCAUUUCUAUCCCAAAAGAGAAGGUCGCAGUUGUUCAUAAAAGGCACAUUGUGGAGCGUAAAAAGGAACCAGGGGAGAAAAAGACUCAUAAGCGACUACGAGUGAAGUCUCAGCCUCCAAAGGCAAAGCAUCGCUAUUCUACCCGUAGCCGGUCAUCUCUACAGCUGUGUGAUGAUGAUAAGUCAUCAUUAUUGUUGGAACUCGAAAAAAAAGUGGGAGAGCUAUCAAACCGUGUUUUAAAGCUUGAAAAAAGGAAUAAGGCAAUCAUAUUCAACCGCACAAGGAAACUAUCUUCUAGAUAUGCAUCUAGAACCAAGCGCAAGCAUCCAUUGAAAGUACAUGUUCAAUCCCUCACCCCUCCAGAUGAUUUGGGAAAUCAGGAAGACUGCGUUAGGAAUGGCAAUUCUACCUAUGUUGUACCCCCAUCAGAUAAUGAUUCUCCUAUGGCAAACAACAAUGAUGGUGUGUCAAAUCCUUCCAACUUCGAACAAAGAAGGCCCGAUUCUCAUACGGAGCCUCAUUCCAACAACUAUUUCAAAUCGUCAGAGGUUCUACCUCAAUCUCCAGUAGAUAUCUUAGUUGGUGAUGGUGAGCAGCACACACUACAAGAAAACACUUCAUCUGCGACUGUGAAAUUAGUCGCUAAACGGUCGCAAAAGAGGGUUUUGCAACUGAAUAACGACUAUUUCCAUUGGUCGCAAAAAAACGGUCGCAAAAUUUCUGUGUAUCACUAUAGUCGCUAAUUUGCGACUAUUUGGCGACUAUAAAUUUAGAGUCGCAAAUUACCGACUAAGAUGUGACUGGUGAAUAUCGUUGCAAAUGUGUGACCAAAGA